AUGGCUGAAAUGUUUUUAUCCAAGUUGGGAUUUCGUAUUUGCUCUAGAAAUUUGCCCUCAAAAGAAUUAUAUGAUAAAUGGGAUAAGCAUUUAGAAUCCAUAGUUGGAACACAUAAUGCAUGUAAAUUAACAGUUAUAGAUUAUAAAAAUGAUGAUAAAUUUCUCAAACUGUGUUCCACUGCUUUAGAUUAUAUAAAAAAUUAUGAUAAAUCAACUAGUAGAAAACAACUUUCUUGUAAUGAUUGUAAAUUAUUUAAUUAUUGGUUACUUAAUAAAAUAAAAGAAGAGUUUAAAGGGAAAUAUCAAGAAGUCUUUAACGUGCUUGUUGUUUUGUGGAAAGGAAACAAUAUACUUAAUCAUCACUCAAGGGGCAAUAAGUGCGAGCUUGACUUUAAUAUUGCUUCAGAUGAUAAAUCUGACGUAAAAAAGCAAUUUUAUGAAUACCUUGAAGAUUAUCAAGAAGUCCAUGUAAGAGCUAAAAUGAAAGAUAAUGAAUGCAAAAAAUAUAAAAAUUAUUAUGAUAAUAAUUCUUUAUUAGGUGGUUAUAUUAAAGAAAUUCUUCCAGAUGUUGAAAAAAAUGGUCCGUCAAGUAUUUAUGGCGAAAAUAACAACUGUAAUUCGAUUAAAGUCCUACCUAGAUUGCUAAAUAAUACCUUCAAUUUAUCGGGAGGAUAUGCCAUAAACCAUAUACAUGAAGAGGGCCUUGUCGAAGCGAUCAAAGACUUACAAAAGGAAAUACCAAAAUUGGAAGAAGAAGAGACUGAAGCGUCUUCUGAGGGAGCAAAAGGGGGACCCAUGUUAAGAAAACGAUUUUGGAGCAGCAGACCAAUCAUCAAUUCUUCAGAUCAAGGGCAAGCACAACCCUUUCCAGAUUUUUAUGAAGAAUAUGCCAAUGUAAAUCCCGAUUUUGAUAGAAUAAAUAUAGCUUAUAGUCCAUCAUUAGAAUAA